GGAUGGCAGAUUUUCUCAAUCACGCUGCUGGGCGAGUGUGUUUGGUGACGGUGGCUAAACGAACAGCACGAGCUUCCCGCAGAGGUUGUCACCCUUUAAGUUGAAGGGAAAAACAGCCCAGCUGGGGCAGUGGAAAAUCACCGUUUUCCAUCACUAUCACGGCUUGCUGCGUUUUUCCUUCAUUUUGUGAAUUAGCGGAAAAAUUAGCAAAUCUGUGAGAUUUAAACAUCGAAAGCGGAGAAAAAGGGAAAAUGUGUACGUGAGAGAAGGCGCUAGUCCUGGUGACCCCCAGGGGGUAGGCGGCCCCCAAGAUGCUGCCGCUCAACGCUCGGCCCACAACACGAUGACGGCUGAUGACGACUGAUGACGGGGUGGCGUAUGUAAUUUGUGGAGAAAUUGUGGAAGGCGGAGCGCCCCGAAUUGUGUAGUUAGUUCGCCGUCGUAUGAGUGUGUGUGUGUGUGCGGUGGUGGUUGGAGGGAGGCUCGCGAAAGUCAAUUUUGAUUUGUUUGAAGCACGCGGGGAGCGGCCACCACAUCAGGAGCGAUUAUUAGCCAACGAUAGACACUGCGGGGAGAAUCGAAUUAGAUUUACGUGGUUAGACAGAGAGGUGUGUGUGUGUGUGUGUGUUCAUGUGCGGGGAGAGGGUGUAGGGGUUUUAAACUGAGCAAAGCAAAAGAGCGUUAGCGAGAAACAACGGAAGCAAACAUGUUUAGCUGUCUUUGGCAAUUAUGGGAUUGGAUUGAUCCACCCACGUUCACGACGAUGGAGAGCAAAAAGCUGCAGCAGCUGCAGCAGGCCAACUCACACCUGGCGCCAAUGCCGCAGAUGAAGCCACCGCAGCAGGGCGGUAGCGGCUACCAGCACGGGUACGAUUACGGCGCCACCGGACCGGCACCGGGCCGAUCGGCCAUGUUUCCCGCCCAGUACCAGAGCUACGGCCAGCCGCAUCCGUCGGCGUCGUCGCUCCGGUCCCCCUACUCGACCGGCAGCCCCAAAUCUUCGCUCAGCACCAACAGCGGCGCACUGUACGGCGCCACGGAUGGGGCUGACCUCUCGUCGGCCAGCGGGGCGGCCCAAUCCGGGUAUCACCUGCACCCGGCGCACCUUCAGCAACAACAACAGCAGGGUUUGCUGCACGCCCAGCAUCAACAGUAUCGCAGCAACACGCUCGGGCCCGGCGGCAGCGGCGGUAGCUAUGGAUACGAUCAGCAACAGCAACAUCAGCUGUACCGCGUUAGCUCCCCAUCGAGCGGUAGUGGUGGAGAGCGGGAGCGGCUGUACCAGACCGCUCCGCUGGUACGGUCAGCUGGCGGUGGCGGCCCGGGCAGCAGUGGCGUCGGCACGCCCCACUCGGUGACCUCGGGCUCGACGGCCCACAACGCACCCAUGUCCAAGCUGGAGCUGCAGUUCCAGCAGCUGCAGCGCGAGAAGAUCCAGCAGCAGAUCAAAACGGCCACGGAAGCGAUCGCGCACCAGCAGCAAACGUUCGCACUGCGGCAGCAGCUCAACCCGCCCGUGCCGAACUACCAUCUGAAGCAGAACCUGCUCCAGAAUCUGUCCCAGCAUCAUCAGCAGCAGAUUCAGCAGCAGCAGCAGCAGCAGCACCAUCAGCAGCAGCAACAACAGCAGCAGCAGCAACAGCUGCAAGUACACAAACAUCCACAAUAUCCUUCACAAGCGCAGCAGCAGCAGCAGCAGAAGCAGUUAGCUCAGCAGCAGAAGCAACAGCAAAUGCAAAAACAGCAACAACAGCAAAUUCAACACGCAAUGAAGCAACAGCAGCAGCAGCAACAACAACAACAACGAUAUGCAGCGAACGGCGGUGGUUCACAGCAUCGAAACGCGCCACCAUCGAGCUUGAAUCUGCAGAACCACUGCCAGCCGGCGGCCAGCGAAACCGACAAGAUGAUGCGCUCCCACGUCCCAUCCUACCAGGGCACGCUGGAUUCCGGUGCCGCAGGAGGCGUCGGUGGUGCGUACGGAGAGGAAGGCGAAUCGCUGUACCUGCAGCGAGCCGGCUAUCAGCAGCAUGCGGGGAUGGCCAACUCGCCGUCCGGCGGUGCCGCUAGCGAAAUCAUCAUUCAGCAGAACAUUCCCGGGCAGGUGGUGAACCAAGCCUGUCAGACGCAGAUCAGCUCGAUGGUGCUGGCGGGCAGUAGUAACGCAGCCGGGCAGCAGCAGCAGAUGAAAUCCUCCCCCUCGGACACGCUGUCCAGCCCGUCGCACGAUUCGAGCGAGCGGAAGCGCAGCACGGGAGGCCAGCAGCAUACGCUCAAGUCGCCCGUCACGCGGCGACCCGCCAACGCGCCCGUUGCGCUGGCCGGCUGGCUGUACAAGCAGGGCUCGGACGGACUGAAGGUGUGGCGCCGGCGCUGGUUCGUCCUGUCCGAGUACGUGCUGUACUACUACAAGGGGCAGGAGGAGGAGAAGCUGCUCGGCACGGUGCUGCUGCCGUCGUACAAGGUGUCCGCCUGCUUCCCCGAGGACAAGAUCUAUCGCAAGUUUGCGUUCAAGUGCGAGCACGCCAACAUGCGCACGUUCGUGUUUGCGGCGGAGAGCGGCGAAUCGAUGAGCCAGUGGGUGAGGGCGCUGACACUGGCCACGAUGAUGAUACAGCCGGCGGGGACGGAACAGGAGGAAAGUCUCUCCCAGCAGCAGCAGCAGCAGCAGCCGCAGCAGCAGCAGCAGCAGUACAGCAGUGGCAAAGCGGGCGGUACUGGGACGGAGCUGCUGUCGAGUGAUUCGAGCGGUGGGCCUCAGUCGCACGGGUCAAACGAUACGAUGAAACUGAUCCAGCAAGCGAGUGGGAAUGGCAGUAGCAGCAGCAGUGGUGGUGGUGGUGGUAUGUCUGCACUCAACGAUAGCAUGUCCAUGCCGCAACCGCUCUACGCCAAUGCUCCACCGAAGCCGAGACGCGUCAACGAUGGCGGCUACUCUUCGCCCAGCCCCGAACAUACGAUGCUGCACGAUCGGUACGAUCAAAUGGUGCAGCAGCAGCAGAUGCUGGCUACCGGGGGACAAUACCCCCCGGGGGCAGUGGGGGGUGGUUCGGGCCCGCCGAACGGGGGCAUGGUACUCGGUAGCAGUCGAACGCCAGCCGCACUAACGGCCCAUGCGAUCUACGGCGAUCCGAAGCGAAUCGAACGCGACCUGUACAUUCAGAAACUGAUCGAGCAGCAGCAGCAGCAGCAGAAAUUGAACGCUUCCAAGCAGCAACAGCAGCAGCAACAACAACAGCAACAGCAGGGAAUGCAGUCCUCUCCCAUGCACGGUGGUGGGGUAAUGCGAAGCGGUGGCGGUGCCGGAACGAAUCCCUUCCUGUACCCGAGCAACGAUCGCCGGACGCCGGACACGUACGGGCCGCCCAACUCGGCGAUCGAUCCCAAGCACAUGUCCGACUAUGAGGACAUCUACAACCUAACGAUGCUCUCCAAGUCGCUGCCGGCGAACGCGAUGGAAGCGGCGGCGGGAGGAGCAGGUGUGGCAGCCGGUGGGACAACCUACAAACGGCCGUCCAGCCCGCUGCGCUACGAAGGCAAUGGAGCGUUUCCGGCGUACAUGGGCGCCGCAAUGUACAAUGCCGGCCAAUUUGAGCAUCAGUCACCGGGAGCUGCCGGUCAACAUCCCCAGCACGCCCAGAUGCGUGCACGACCCAUUCCACCGAGCAUUCCGCGGCCACAUUCUGCAGACUUUCUGGACUACGAAGCGCGCCAUCCAAUGAACCAAGCAACCGGCGGUGUGACCGAUGAGCCAAGCCCUGUCCAUCGCACCCCACGGCCCAAAUCGAGCCUAGACAUCAACCGAACGCCCGAUCACUACUACUAUUCCGAGGCCAGCUAUGCCGAGAAGAUGCGCCUGCAAAGCGCUUCCUACCUGCAGCGAACCAACAACCCGGGAGCUGGGGCGUCGCGCAAACAACGAUCCGAUGAUAUGCAAGGAUUGUUUGCCAGCGGUACGAUGCCCCGGGAUGGCCUGUACCGGAGCGGCAGUGGUAAAAUCAUGCAGCUGCAAGCAUCUGGCCAACAGGGUGAAGAUUAUCCGCACGGUGGUUCGCAAAGUAUGCCCCGGCCGUCCGCUACUGACCAUCGGACCGGUGGCACCGGUCAGGGCCGUCCCACCGUCAGCAGCUUAAAGAAGCAGGGCACUGCCCAGCAGCAGCAGGAACAGUUUGCCCGUUCGGCGAGCGCCCGGUUGCCCCGCAAGGAGGAAGACUCGUCGCUGCGAGACGGCGAACGCAAGCGGGAGGAAUCCAUGAAGCGACUGCUCGAGUGGAAGCAGCGCAUGCUGCAAUCGCCGCUGACGAAGAAAAUCGCCAGCCAGCACGCGGCAACGAUGGCAUCGGCCGAAUCGCUCAAUCGUGGCUCCAAUGCAAGCGUUGGUGGUGCCGAUCGACGCAACGAGGACAUCUACGGUCUGAAGGCGGACGCUGAGGCGCUACUGCGCGGGGACUACUACGCAUCGAGCUACGAACGCCAGUCGGUGGGUGAUCUGACGGCCCUAGGCUCGGUGACGGCCGCCAGAAAGCAUGGGGGCAGUGCGGUUAACAUUGCGCAAGCGUCCUCGUCGGCGUUCGGCAGCCAGAUGAAGCUGAACGGUGACUACAACAGCUACUCGUCGGACGAUGAAGAUGGAAGAAAUUUUACGCCGGCAGGAAGGUCAUCCCCACUACUACUACCACCACUCGCUAGUACCGCUUCCGCGCAAGAGGUAGCGGACGAAGCACCACAACCACCACAACCACCACACAAUUUAACACCACACACCCCACCCCACUGCCACCAGUUUAGGGAAUUUCCACCGGCUGGCAGCAGCACCACUGACAAUAACAACAGUACGAUGCACGCAUUAACGCAAUCUUUUUACGCCGACCCGGCCGGCACUGGUGGCGGUGAGGGUAAUGCAAGGAGGAUGCUCCGCAAGGACGAUGGCACGGACCGAAACGGUCCACCGAUCGCGCAGGAGGUCGAGCAGGGCAAACCGGCAGGACUGGAGACGAUGAUUGAGCGACAGGCUGAGGCAGAACAGACUGAUGAUGUUGUUGAUGAUGAUGAUGAUGAUGGGGUGUAUGAGGAUAGUUUAGUGAAUCACGCAAGCGUUAGCGCCAGUCCCAACCUCAGCGUGGACGCGAAUGUAUAUGAAAAUAGUUUUAUCAAAGCGCCAAAUGAGCGCAAGAGCGUGGAGAGGGAUUUAGAGCAAUCGAAACAGUUCAGCGAUAGGGGCGGUUUACUUCGUACCGCCACAAAUAACCACAGCAACGAUAGCAGCAACCAGCUGCCUAAUGAUAAAGGUAGUGGUAGUAGUGUGAUAAAUGGUAGUGGGAACAAUAACCCGUCGCUUGACGACAACCCGUUGCACAUAAUGGAGAAGGGAGGUUCGUCGUCUAAUCAGCACGAUCAGCAAUUACAGUCGUACGUUCCAGUUUACAAGCACAGCAUAACGUCGCUGGGCAUUAAAAGCUUACAUUCCGGUUCGGUGAACGUUUCCAGUGGAGCAACAGGUAUGGAGGGGUUCAAGGGGAUGUCCACUCCAACUAGGAGCGAGUCUUUGAGAGAAAAGGACGUGACGGAGCACGGUAGUGAAAAUUAUUCCGACCAAGAAGACAUCGAGAAAGGUGCAGACGACGGAGAGGACAUCUUCGAGUACACGGACGAAGAUCUGGACGAAGCACUGCAACAAGCUGAACAGCCCGAGCCGGAACUGUCGCCCAAAGGCAACCCGUCCGCCGCCGAGCUGCUGAGUCGCCGGGCGCUGGACGACGAACUUUCCCUGCAAAUAAUGGAAGGGCACUAUAUGCCGAUGACGCCGCGCAGGACCGUAAUCAGCUCGGCAAGCAGCUGCACAACGCUUUCGCUCAUGAACGCGUCCAGCAGCAACACGGCAGUUGGCGGAAAGUUACGACCCUGCGAAAGCCUGACCGCGAUGGACAUUCUCGACUCGAUACAGAAAGGCAACGGAGAGAUGCAGAUAUGCAACGCGUACGACGAAAGUACGUACAUCGAGAUGACCAAGGGAACGCACGGGAAGAGCGUGUUUGCCACGGCGGACGAGCUGCGGGGAACGACGUACGAGAUGAUCAUGGUGCGUACGGAUCCCGCGUCCCGACCGGCUUCGGGGAAGGGGGCGAGUGGCGGCAAGGCCGGUGAGUUUGGGCUGGGGAGAAAUGGGCCACAGCCGCCACCGCCGCCGCCGGUCGAUUCGGAACCACUGUACAUGGAGCUGUCGCAACUGCACAGUAACAUCAAUGCGCUAAAGGACACGAACCGGGCGCUGGCAGACGAAGCUACGCAAAGGGAUGCCAAGAAGCAGUGUGACAGUGUGAAGGGGGGGCCUGAGGGGGGCCAAACGAAGGUCCUACCGGGCGGCGGGACGGAAAGCGCGAUCGAAUUCGGUGGCGAAAAGACAAGCACAAUGGUGCGGAUGAAAAACGCAAUGACCGGCGGUGGUAAUAUCGCCGGUAGUGGCGGCGGCGUUGGUGGUAACAAGAAGAAGAAAAAGGAUAAAAACUGGCCCGACAUCGUGAUGCAGUCGAGCAAGCCGGAGGACAGUGACAGUGAAUCGGACACGGCCGGUGGUGGUGACAAGGUGACGGAUGACUGUAAGCGCAUCGCCAAAAAGAAGCACGGUGGCAAAGAGAAGAAGCACCUAGCGACAACGCACAGUGCCGAGCUGCAGAGCAAAACGAUGGCCCGGUCGCGAUUCAGCCUGUCCGACACCUUCCGGCCGGCGUCCUACUAUUUGGGGGCCAGUGGCAGUAGCAACAACACUCCGUUCGGUCUUCACGGCGGUGGGGCGGGCGACGGCACGUUUGACAGCUUGCUGGACAGUUCCGACAGUGAUAUCGUAUCUCCGCCUCCGAUACCGAUCACUUCACUACCGCUUGAUGAACCCGAUGGUACUGGUGGUGGUGGAGAUGAAGGGAGAGUAGGGUUGCUAGGACCGGGCAUCGAUUUCGCCCGGUACGCCGACCGGGAACGGUUUCGCUCGAGCGAAGCGAUCGAUCUAAUUAGAAACCAUCACGCCGCGCAGCAGGAGAAGCGACAGUCGGUGCAAAGCUUGGUCGCGGGUACGUCCAGCGGCGGCCAGUCGUUGGCCGGCUCGAUGAACCUUUCGUACGGGAUGCGGCGCGAAAGUGGCAGCAUCUCUUCCAACCGGUCCAGUUUGCGCAGCAGCUCGCAGGGUCUUUUUACUAGCAGCGGCGCUGCUGGUAAGCCUGGGCGGGAUUCGCUAGCGGGUAGCGGAGCGGACCGGUAUGACGGUGUGUCGCAUGCGUCUUCCGAGUAUGAGCUGCUGCUGCGGGAAACGGGAGCGAAUGGAGGACGAACGGCGACGAUGGGAGCGAACAGGGAUAAUAGCGCGUCUGCCCGCAGCUCGAUCACGCUGUCCGAAACGAGCGGGUCCAUCGAGUGGAGAAGCCGAUCGUGCAUGGAUGUGUCGAUGCGGAACAAACGGCGACCGAUAUCGGGCAGUUCCAUCAACUGCCCGAUCGAGCUGGCAUUGGAUGGUUGCGAAAUUGCCAGCGCUGAGGUCGAUCGCUACUCGCACAGCGUUGGCGGAGUAGGAGGAGGAGGAGGAGGAGGAGCUGAGAUGAACAGCAACUCGUCCAACUUUUCGCAGAACGGGCACGACAAUAGCAUCUACUACGAGAAUGUCGACAUGCCGGGUCCGCCUCCGCACGGGUCGUCCGAAUCGAUCGGGCGCACCAGCUCGUCCGGUCCGAUUCUGAGCCCGCUGAGGGAGAAAAACCUCUCGCUGCACGAUGCCCGCUGCCAGUCGGAGUACCUCGGCACGGUGCUGGAGGGCCACAGUCUGGACGUGGAGAAUGCUUCCCUUUCGUCGUCGGCCCUCGAUCCGGACCAGCAAAGCUCGUGCACACUGCGCGGUGAUUAUGAGCGGUCCAAUCAGUGCAAUAGGACGAUUACGCCGAUCGAGGAGGGUGGCGUGGCGCACUCGGUCGUGGCCGAACCACUGCACAGCCGCAACAACAGUACACUGUCGUCGGAGGGUGCACCGUACUACUACUCCGAUCUGCAGGCAAGGGCAGGAUCACGCGAGGACGAUCGAGUCGCGCAGCAGCACAGCCGUCAGCUGAGCAGUGAACGAUGUGGAGGACCGACGGCGACGAUCGCCCAACCAGGCGACACGUUGAACAAUCAGCGCGAUCCGGGCGGGUUGCGCAAACCGACGACGGGUAGCAUUUUCCACAUCCACAAUCCGCUGAACAACACGCUCAAGGCGGCCAACCUGUUGCUGCACGCGUCCGCCACCGAGAAGCACGCGGAUAUCGAUCGGAAAAACAUCUACGAAUCCGACCGGAUCGGGCAGAAGGACGUGAACAAAACGAUCGCUGCGUCGCUGGCGGCGGGCGGCAGUAGAGCGGUGGCUGGCAGAUCGGGUUCGUCGCUAUCGAUGGCCACCUCGAAGGAUGGCAGUGCGGUGAACGUACGGCAGUCGACUGGUUCGUUGGGUGGUGGUUAUACAGGUGUCGUCGGUGGAGAUGGUGGUGCGUAUUCCGCCGGCAAUGGUGAUCCUGCUGCAGGAUGUAGUAGCAGCAGCAGAAGAGACAGUGUGCAGAUGCAACAAAUGCUUGAUACGUCCGGGGGUAACAUCUCGUCCGGAGAUCAGCUCUGGGAGGAAGACACCCUUUGGCGGGAUAACUUGCGCCGCGUGUCGCACAUUCAUGCCAAAUCGAUGGACAAUCUUGAUCAUCUCGGUACGAUCAGGUCACCAUCGUCUGCUGCUCUGCUGGUGAAAACGAUCAACCAACAGCAGCAGCAACAGCAGCAGCAGGAACAGCGGGAAAUGCAGGAACAAAGGUUGCGUGACGCACACCAGGACGCUGCUCACGGUGAAGAGACGAACCCCAAACCAAUCGUUAAGAUCAAUCGGAAGGAUGUGACGUAUGUUAACGAGCAUCUAGCACAUCUGCCUGUGUCGAAAGCAGUAUUCGGCGAACAAUCAAUAUCGGCUGCAGCGGUUGCGAACAAAUCCAGCACUCCCUUAGCAAUUGAAGAAGGAGCGGGUGGCAAUGGGGACGAUGAUGAUGUGUAUGUGCAGCUUGCCAGCAACGUGUCCUCCUCCGGUACGAUCGUACGGGACGGUCGGUGGUCCUCGUCCAGCGGGCGUGACUCGGAUGCGGUGUACGAGGUGCUGCGCGACGAAAUCAACCGCUACGACAUCAAUCGCGAAACGAUACGCCAGUGGGAUUUGAUGUCUAGCGGGCUGGUCAAUAGCAGCAAUUCAGCAGGGGGCAGCACUUCCAGAUCGGGUGGAAAUAACAGCAGUGAAACGUACCACCAAAAACCGUUGUCUGCUGGUAAUGGUGGCAUCUCUGGCAAACCGAACGCUCAACAGCCUGCCAUGGAGAGUGCAGGUGAUGCCAUAACGUUGUCUAGCGCCGGCACUAGAUCACUUGCAGCGAAACAAUAUUACUUAGAGGCGUGUGAAAAACCCCACGACGUUAUGACUGUGAGCAGUCUGAACAGUGGCAAGCACAGUAUGGAAGACAGUAAGCGAAAGAUGGAAACGUUGAGAGAUAAAUAUAAUUUGGACAGUGGCAAACACGUGAACGCUCGAAUAGAGGACGCAAGAGGAGUAAUGCAUUUAGAAGAUAGUUUGAAUGAAUUGCGCGGUUGCGCCUCGAUAUCGGUGCGGAAUGUGUUCAAUCUUCCGAAGGUCGCGCUAACGGUCAAGCCGGACCCAUCCGAUCCCGCCUACCUGCAGGCAGUGGCCAAGGGAGCGGGAACGCCCGGAAGCAGCUACUACGAGGGCAUGAUGAUGGGCGCUGCUGCCGCUGACUAUUACGCCAGCGACAAGUACAUUCGGCCCGACAUAAGCUUCGAGUCGACGCACGACCUGUACACCCAGGCCCAGCUGCAGCGUGCCCAGGAGCUGAACCUACAGCAGCACUAUCAGCUGCAAAACAUCGACCGAAGCUUGGCAACGAUGCAGGACCAGCAGCAGCUGCCGCAGGACGCUUCCCCGCAAUCGCCGAUGGCUGGUAGGCCCGAUGGGCCAGCGCACUGGUCGGCGGCCCCUACUGUGGCAGGUGGUGCGUCUGGCAACGAUCCGGGCGGAUAUAUGAACGGUCGUAUGAACAGGGAAGCCUCGAGUGAACGAUUGGACGCGAAGCCGUUGGAUGUGUCUGCUGGUGAUCUUCUAAACCGGACGCACGAAGAGUUGAUACUGCUCUUGAUUCAGUUGCGACGACAGAACAGUCAAACAGCGCGAUCGAUCGAACAGUGCUGCACGAACAUUCAUGAAUUACAGAACCUUAUCCGCACCGCUGAGGGAAACCGGAAGGCGGACAGUUUAGCCCGCCUGGAUGCACUCAAGCAACAGCUAACGGAGCUGGAAAAGCAGUACGAAAAGGAGAAACCCUUGAUCAAUCUGGUCGACAAUAUGGUCAAGCUGGGCAGUCUGUACCGUGGUCCGGUCGGUGGCAAGAAGCAACUCCAAUCGCCCGAAUCGGCCACGCUCGAUCGCUUGGAGUUCAAUCAGCGCAUGCAGGAGCGCCGUUUGCUGCAGGAAGAGCAGCGUCAGUGGGAUCGUACCAGUCCGAACCACGUGGAGCUACAGUCGAAGGUGCAGCAGCUAUACCAGAUCGAUAAACUAAUGCAGGAAGAAUCCGGCACACUGCAAGCGCUGCAGCGUGAUAAGGAGAAUUUGGAAAAAGCGCUCGCGACACUGAAGACGCACGUUUUGAAUCGGGAAGGUGGAAACAUGCCGAUGGCGAUGGAUACCGCCCGACAGCAGCAGCACACGCUGGAGCGUGAGCUGACAAGGGUGCAUCAGUUGCUGGCAGCUAAUUCGAAGAAACUGGAGAAGACAGUCUCAACGAACGCUCGGCUGGAGCAGGAGCUGCUGGUACUGCGUCAGAAGCUGCAAGCUUCCCGUGAGCAUCGUUCGAUGCAUUCGGUGUUUGAUUCAGCCUCACCGAUGGAUAACCAGUACAUGCCCGGUUCGGUGACCGCAGUGCUCGAGUCGGAGCUGAAGCGCGCGAAAUUGCUGGUCGGUGACAUGCAACGCCAGCGCCAGGAGCUCGGUCAAGCAGUGCGUCAGCUCACUUCCUACAGCGAUAAUCACGAGGCGCAAAUGAUGGAUCGCCUGCAGGCCGAUGAGCAACAGCACAUGGCGCUUUCGCAGGAACAACAGCGCGACCAGCAGCAGCAGCAGCAACAAUCGGCUAGCGCAAAGCACAAGCGUAGCUAUUCUUCGUCCUGGGUAGAGACGGAUCUCGAUUCGUUGGCGGGCAAAGAAUCAUCCGUCUCGUCCGCCAGCAACCAUCGCGCCCUGUCGUCCUCAGCAUCGAGCGUGCUGACGAUCGAUGACGAAAUGCAAAGCCUGUUCCUUCCGAGCAGCCGCGCUAAGGAGCCCAUCGAAGGUGCGGAAUCGUUGGACGAUCUGUACUCGGCCGGGGGACCUUUGUACAACUACGGUGCCGGCGGUAUGCUGAAUUCAGCCGAUAAGCAGGAAAUUAAAACGGUUCGCAUCGUGAAGCGCGAAUCCGAGCGACGGAUGCGGGACAAGGAAAAGAACGAUCGCAAUUUGGCCCUCAGCCUCGAUCAGGUGCUGGAGGAGGAGGCACAGCUGAUGGAAGAUUACCAGCGUUCCAAGUCGCUGCCCAGAGGGUACGAAACGCAUGAGCUGUUUGUGCAGGGCCACGAAUCGGGCAGUGAUGGUGUUGCCGGCUCGCUCGACGGAAACAAGCUCAUGAGCGAUUAUUACAGCAGCGUCGUCGCUUCGACGAACGGGAAACAGCUACCCUGUUUCGCUGAUCGAUCGCCAGGCCGAUCUUUACACGGGAACUUUGACGGUGGGUUGCAAUCGAAGUACCUCACCAACGAUGGCAGUCGAGUGUCGGGCGUUGGGAGCGUUUCGUCGUACCAGUCUAGCUAUCUGGGCAGCGUCGGAAGCACCGGCAGCACGACCGGAAUGUCCACCAGCUCGCUGAGCGGUCUGAAACGCAAGACGGAAUCGAUACAAAGCCUCACGCAUGCCGAUGCGGAGCUGGAUCCCGUGUUCCAGAGUGAGGCGGCGAAGCAGAUCAUCAACGAAAUGGCAACGGGCGGGAACAUGACCGUUGGCGAGAACAGCGGCGACUCGUCGGGAAGUGGCGAGACGAAAGCGACCUCGAGCAUGAAAGACGACCAGCAGUACCAGCAGCAGCAACGCCAGCAAGCCCAGCAAAACCGACAGCGCCGAGCCGUUCCGAAGGAUAAGCGUCGGCAUCACACGGCGCCCCAUCACGUCAAUGCAAAGUCCAUCGAGUUGAUGCACAGCGAAAAUGAUAUGAACAAAAAUAAUGUCAACUGGAGAGCGCGUGAUGACGUCGACCUGGAGGUCACGAUACGGCCCCGCUCGAACGCACCGGACGUGGUGCGGUCCGCCCUUGGGCCGCGGGAAAAAAUCUCCGAACACACCAUCGACAAGCUGCUGGCCGCACCGAGCAAGAUCCUCAUCCCCGAACGCUACGUACCUGAGCAGACGCCGGAACUGUCGCCGGAGGAGAAGCGGCGCCGGCAGGAGAAGGUGGAAGCGAUCAAGAAAAUGCUCUCCGACACACCGAUUGGCGGCGGUGCCGGUGGUAGUAAUGAGGCCGGUGGACUGAAUCCAGUGCCGAACGCGGAAAAGAAACAGCGUGAACAUCUCAUCCAGCUCAAUCAAAUCCUCGCUCAGCAGGUGAUGCAAAUGAGCAAAAUUGUCGCAGAGGAUAAACCGGCGAGCUAUGAUGGUGCACGCGAUAUGCGCAAAGAAGACUCGUCGGCCGUACUGCCCUCCAAGAUAAAACGCAAAUGCAACGCACAGUUUAGUACUGCGGCAAACGCAUCGGGAAGCAGCAAACCGAACGACGACCGAGAUCACUAUGAAUCGGACCUGGAAGACUACGAUACGGACUCGCCGGCGGAACCACUUCCGCUGUAUCAGCAGCGUGAAAACUAUUUCACCUAAAUGUAGAGAGUGUCGGCGCUCGUUGACUUCCGUCCCCGUGUCUUAUCGUGUGGCAUUGUAAAGAAUGGUUUAGAAAUUGUAUUCAGGCUGACCUAGUAGAAAGCCUCCAAAACGUGAAAUGCGAAAAACGAAGAAAAAAUCAAUUGUGACACUGACUAUCUUACUGUGCACAUGCUGCACCAACGAUGUGCAUUCGUGCAUUGCUGCAAGAACUGCAUUACUUUAGGUAGGACUAAUCUAAUACCCCAUAUCUCCACAUACUAUGCAAAUUAACUGCCAUUGAUUUGAAAACACACGCAACUCUAUCGAUCUAUUCUGAGAAGCUAUUCUUAUCAGAUUUUUUGUUCCUUAUUGGAGGCGCAUCGUAUGUCUCCUUGACCCGCCAAUUAACGCGCGAUUGCAAUAUUAAAAGCAUCGAUGAUGAAUGGCAUUCCAGUGCAAAACAUAAUUUUACAAGUCAGUAUGGGUCUUAGUUAAAAGUUCAUAGAUCGAUAAAAUAUCGCCCACAGGUAAUAUUAAAAGUAACAUAGCCACAUGAAUAUCGUUGAGCUUUCACAGGUUUCCUAUCCGAGCAGGAGAAAACUAAGACUUCUGCGUAGUGCGGCACAGUUGCAAGGCAAGUUUUCGAUGUCGGAUUUAGUUUAGUAGUUAUUUUGGAAACGAUUUCUUUAUAAUACAAAGCACGAGACCACUUGUUUCACAGUGAUCUACCCCAAGCAAACCAUUUGCAUACUCCACUGCCAGGGCCAGGAUUAAAGAAGACAAGCUUUGGUGUGGUCGUGUUUUGGAGGGCGUGGGCUACAUCAAUGACAUACGUCUAAUUUUAAAAUCAAGUUACUCUUUCAGCAGCGCAACCGUUACUUGUACAGGGUGCGGCUUUUUUUAUCCAUCUUUUAAUUUAGUUCUUCAACUAUUCUUGCAUAUGUAGAACUCAUCAUUCUCACUAGUGAUGAUGUCAACGAACGGACGAUUUAUAUGUCGGCUGUAGGGAGGUUUUAGUACGAUUAAGUCUCGAUAUUACACGAACAGAUAAGGCAGCCGUAACAAAUGUAGUGGAUGGGAUCUAUACAAGAACUGUUGUUGUACAUAUAAAAGUUAGACCUAUUUAAUGCGAAUAUUUAAAUAAGACUAAAUAUAAUAUAUACCUUGUAUCCAACGCAGCAAGUCGCGUCCUACGCACCUACAGAGCUUUUUUGGUCGGUACUGCUGCUACUGCUACUAGCCACAUUUAAGAGCCCGCCACAUAAAGUAGCAUAAAACAGGGCACUAAAUCCUAUGCAUUAAUGAUCAAUAGUAUAGCAUGCAUUACAGCACUUAUCCACAUCCAUAUCCAUAUCAACCAACCAUCGAAGAAGGGGUCGACGUGCGUGCCAGAAGCUUUGAAGCUGUGCAACAUGCGUCGAUGCGUCGAAACAAACUGCACACUCAUCAUAUCAUACACGCAAUCAUAUGCGAAGAAAUCAUCGAUCGAGCGGGUUUUUUGAGGACCAUGUGGAUGGUCUCUCACCACACAAUUGCUCAAUAAAAUUACUAGUAAAAAAAAACAAGACAAGAUGUGACACCAAGCGCACGCGGUCAAUUACGAGAUGCACUGUGUUGCAUCGUGCUUGCUCUGUUUGUGUUGGUGACAAGCAAACCGUUACCUACCGCAAGAAUACGUAUUAUGCAAAUGCUAAUGAAGUUAAACGCUGCAACAGAACGAAAUGUACGCAACUACACAAUCCCAUUAUCGACGGAACUGAAAGCUGCACAACUCCCUCCUUACUAAGACGUCAGCUACAAGGGUCGUAAAUUACAUACUUUUCAAGAUAAACUAAGGGUGCAAGACAAAACCGAAACAAUAACUAUGAGCUACAAUCUGUCUGUGAACUUACAGAAUGGAGCUUUUGACAGUUAAUAUGACUAUUAUUCAAAAUUACAAAGCAAACAAUGCUAUAGUAGAUGUUAUAGUUCUCGAACAUACAAGUAUACUAUCGCACUCGUAAGCAUGCACAUUUCACGAUGUUACUGGGGACAAACAAAGGAGCUAAGGAGUGCAUUUGUACAACAGUCAUCAACCAACAUCACAAAACCGGUUCGCUGUGGUGCCCAUUAAGUUAGAAACAAUUCCACACACCCGUGCAACCACGAAUAUAGCAUACCAUACACUCAAUUAUUUGCUCAGUCAAUUUUUAACCAAUUAGCGGAAAGCGACAGAUUUGUGGGGAAGAUGAGAAAAGGGAGAAGCAAGAAAAAAGACAUUAAAAUUACCAGUAUUCAAUUAUCGACGACAAUUAAUACCUUGCCCAAUGCCACCUGAAGGAAAUUUUACGAAAAAGGUGAUUAAUCUUGCUUGGAGCGUUUUUUAAAUUUAUUAUAAUCCUAUUUGUUUGAAAAGUAAACAAAAUCCUUCUUCUAUUCCGAUGUGGUAAAUCUGCUGCCAUAAGACUUAAGUGUAUAAAGGUAUCUAAAUUAUAGUAAACAUUUAUUUCAGUGUUGUUUUUUAUAUGCAUCAACAGUAAAAAAAGACGUUGAUCUAGCAGCGAAAAGAAGAAUUCAUUUUGUUACAAACGGAAAGGAAGCAAGCAAAGGGAGCAAAGUAUAGUAGGGAAAGAGUAUAAUACCUUUUACUAGCAAAUAACCCGGUCGCAAAGUAGUACAAUUUUAAAACAAAAAUUAUAAACACGAUACGCCAUAUAUGAAGAAGCGAGGAAGAGAGGUUGUAAGAGCGAUAGAAAAAGAGAAAGAGAAAAUUGAAAUAUUUUGAAUAGAACAGCGGCAUUUGUUUAUUUGUUUUUAUUUUUUCUGUUAGGUUUAAUAUGAGCAAGAUUGAGUUAAAGUGGGCGAGUUAAAUUAAUUUAUUGAAAAGUGAAGGACGUGCUUUGUGUGAUCUUAAAAAUGAGAAACCGUUACGUUGACCAUUCCUUCUCGUUGUGCGUGCCUGUGCGUCGCGCAACUGCCAUAUUAGCGAAAGCAUGUACCAUAAACAGCAUGUUAUGUAUUUUGUAAAACUCACACAAAGAUUAAUACACAGCAAAACCCCCAGAAUAAAUGCAUCCGUCUUACAAUUUACCUCAAUUAGCUCCUCUGGUACGAGAUGGGUAAUGAUGUAGUGGAUUUGGAUAAGCCAGAAAAUCUAAGUACAAUUUAUCUUCGGUUCGUUUACCAUUAUGCUGCACGCAGCGCUUUGUUGCUCAUUCGAAUUAGAAAAUAAAUCACAACGCAGUAGAAAACGUAGUAUAAAAUUUUGUUUUUAGUUUUUAUUUUUGUUUCGUUAUGUAAGCAAAAGUAAAACUUUCCAUCUUGUUUUGAGCUAUUUGUUUUAAGGUAAACAUAGUCAGUAGUUGACAUUCAGUUGAAGUCACCAUCACCAGAAGCAACAGCAAGCAUAAACAUGAUUUAACAUAAGAAACAAGAAAUACAUUCACAAAUACCAUGCUAAACAUUGCAUAGGAAAAUUAUACAUAAAUAUGCGUAUGCAAAAUAAAAUCAUUAGUAGCAAGAUUGCAUUUCAUGUAGAGCUGUAGCGCAAGCAAAGAACAUUUUACCGACAAAACCGAUUGACGGAUGGCGGCGGCGCUUACCGCACAACUCUUCUACCACAACCGACACAAACUAAACGGAAACAGCUUCAAUUAUGCUGAACAAUAAUAGUAAUAAUAACAAUAACUUUACUUAUAAUAACAUAAUGAACAACACAGACAAAUUGGCGGGACAAAUACUAUAUACGAAAGCAUGUUGGACACAGGAAACUCUACAAUUGACAUAAGCAUAAGUACCUUAAGCUGUUAAAUUAUUAUUAUUACUAUCAUCAGUAUCGAUACAUAAAUUAUCAUUGUUAACGGAUGAGCCAAUUGUACAAUACCCUCCCCCCAUCAAUAUCGCAAUAGCGGAUAUAGACAAAAUAAACCAUGUGUUAGUAGAGCACCGGUCACAUGUAUGAAAAUAAACUUAAUAAGUGCAAAAAUAAAGUAAAACCACU